AAUGCAGUCAUUCUCAGCGGACCGCAUGGUUCCGGCAAAACGGCGACUGUGUAUGCUGUUGCGAAAGAACUCGGAUUCGAGGUAUUCGAAAUUAACCCUGGAACUCGACGCAGCGGCAAAGAUAUACUUGACAAGGUAGGCGACAUGUCGGAAAAUCAUCUGGUCAAUCACAAUUCAGGCGAACAGAAUGUGGCACCAACAGCUAUUGAAGCGGUUGAUCCCGAUCAAGAUCGAAUGGCUGAAGCCCUUCAGAAGGACCUCGAGAGCGGUCGACAGGGUACCAUGACGUCUUUCUUCAAGCCAAAAGCCCAAGUCAAGACCCAAGCAAAGCCAAAAGCAAAAUCGAUAUCCACGAAGAUCAAGAAAGCCUCUACUCAUGUUCAAUCUGCCUUCCCAAAACCGCAAAGCCAGCCCCAGAACCAAAAGCAAUCCUUGAUCCUGCUAGAGGAGGUAGAUGUCCUAUUCAAAGAAGACGAGUCGUUCUGGGCCACUGUCAUAAAAUUAGCCACUCAAUCCAAGCGGCCGAUAGUUAUGACCUGCAACGACGAAAGCCUCAUUGCUCUUAACGCCUUGCCUCUCCAUGCGAUCCUGCGUCUCUGCCCCCCUCCCGCGGAUCUUGCAGCAGACUACCUACUUCUCCUGGCGGCUAAGGAGGGCCACUUGCUAGAACGAAGGGCUGUCAGUGAUCUUUACAGAUCCAAAGAUCACGAUCUACGUGCUAGCAUCACCGAGCUGGAUUUCUGGUGCCAGAUGUCGGUUGGAGACAGGAAAGGAGGGCUUGAAUGGAUAUAUCAGCGGUGGCCACCUGGAAAAGAUGUCGACGAGCACGGCCGGAUCCUCCGUGUUGCCAGCAAAGGCACCUACAAAUCUGGCAUGGGAUGGCUUUCGCACGACGUGAUACAGUCCAGCGACUGGCUUGCUUUCGACAAGGAGGAGGAGCUGUUGACGGAAGCCUGGUGCAUGUGGGGAAUCAGUCCAGAAUGCUGGGCUCAUCCACCAAACGACGUCCAGGAGAUGCAUAGUGGCUCAGCCGUCCGACGCAAAAUCAAAACACUUCAACAGCUAGAAGAUCUGCUAGAAUGUGUCAGUGCAGCCGAUACCUAUUGCAGGGUCGGGCUGCCUUUCAACGACAUGGACCCGAUGGAUCCAACUCAGCCACUCAUGCCGCGCAACGCUGCUCAGAAUUUCACAGAAGUCCAUUCCCUGCUCCAAGCCGACCCACUAGAGGAUCCCACAGCUUUCGCCGAAAAGUUGUACGUACGAACCCAUCUCGCCGCCCAGCGAGCCGCUGCCUCCUAUUCCCUCUCGUACUUCGAAGACAUUCGCACAACAUACUACUCAGACCCAUCCGCGCCAGAAACCUACACGGGCGCGAUCCUGGCUCAUAAAGCCUCAAUCCGGACCACGACUGACCUCACCCGCUGGGACUUCGCAGAAGCUCUGGAUCCACUCGCCAUCCCGCCUGCUAAUGCCCUCACGCAUGCUGCGCCAUCGUCUCUCAUCGCUUCCUCAUUCGAUCGCGAGUUCCGUGUUAUCGUUGAGGAUCUCGCGCCUUACGCUCGCAGCAUCGUCAAGCAUGAGCAGAAACUGGAGAUUGAGCGGGUGCGGAUGAGUAACUUACUAUCAGAAGGCGGUCGGGCGAAGAGGCAGCGGACGAGUAGAGCGUCUCGCUCGGCACUGGAGGGCGGUAAGAGGGAAGAAAAGAGGAGGGAGAGAUGGUUUACGAAAGAACUGAACAUGGACCUUGUUAUGGCGACUGGCGGGAAGGGAUGGGCGGGGAUGGGCACGGAGGUUGAGAGUUUGGCGUCCGACUCGAGGAGGAGUGGGAGUGUGAGGACCGUUAUUAGUGAGGAUGAGGAAUGAGGUAUGGAGGAUGGGGGCUGGGCGGGGAUGGGGAUUCAGGGCAGGCCACUAUGACGGUUAUCGUACAUUUCAUCAGCAUACAGAUCUGGAUAUUCUAAACGGCAUGGAUAGUAUGGGAGGGAGGCUCACAUGGAACAGCAUUUGCGGCUAUGGGCAUACAUCUGGCGUUGAUAUCGGCUCAUCAGAUAGGGGCGAGCCAUCGUAUGUAUCUAAGGAAUUGCAUCUCUAU